AUGCGCAAUGCCAUUGAAGCUGGAAAGCGGCAGCCGCCAGUGGAUUUGCGGGGUCUGAAGAGUGAAGCGAUAUGCAAAGAUCAAUCUGGUGAUAGCGUGCGAGCACGGGUCAUCACCUUUCUGGAGCAAGUUUACAACAGUCAAGCCGAGACAUUGCCAGACACACGGGACGAUGCUGCAGACGAGUCCUUUGGUGUUUUUGUGCGGGAUUUUGCUUGGAAAGAUGAUGCCAAGGACGUUGCAGAGGAUCCUUAUGCCGAUGCCUUGGUGGCCCCAGAGCAGAGUCGUGCUCCCACUCCGAAGUUGAGGCGGCUGCAUUGCCGAUCUAUCAAGAUCAACCCUGCGAGACGUGAAGAAGAAGAGCGGUUUCUUCCGCCUGGAACAAUGAGAGACAUGUGGGAGCAGAUGAACGCCAGCGACAAGGAGCAGAACAAAGUGAGCUUCGCGCAGUUCUGGCGAAUCUGGAAAGCGGAAUAUCCGCAUCUGAAGUUCAGAGCUUCGAGCUCGCAUUCACUGUGUUCCAAUAUAUGCCUCCGACACAAGUUGCUCAUUCGAGAGAUGGGGCACCAUCUGAAAGCUCGAAAUGCGCAGCGUGAGCUUUUCAACUUCCAUUUGCAAAGACAAUAUGCUGACCGCUGCGAGUAUUGGCGGAUAAGGGCUGGAUCGAGGAUGCGGUCAGGUGAAAUAUGCCUGAUCGUGGAUUCCAUGGAUCAGGCAAAAUUUGCUUAUCCUAGAUCUGAUGUCUACAGAUUGAAGGAACGCUGCAGAGACCUCGGGCCCACAUCACAGGCAUCAUAUGCCAUGGCCACUUUGUGCUGUUCAGUGUAUCUUCCCAGGACCUCCCAAAAGACUCCACUACAAUGA